AUGGAGGAAACUAACGAAGUAGUUUUAGAAGAGCAAUUUAUCCUGCGACUACCAUCGGAAGAAGCCCAAAAGGUCCGCGAAAUCCUGCACACCAAACCCGAGAAACUGAAAAAGGUCAUGAAAAUCGACUUGGACUUGAACGACAACCAAGUAACGGUGAACUUCGGAAAGAACCGGCUUUCCGGUCGUUUGCGAAAACUACCGACCAUUAUCGAAUCGUACAAAACGAACAUUUGCAAUAAUAAAUCCUUGUUGUUCAAAACGGCCGAUAUUUGUCACAUAGCCGACUGCGGUUAUGGCGAUAUCGACGAUGAGACCGCCGAAAAAGCGGAAACCAUUCACGGCCUUUGCCCCUCGUUGAAAAACGUAAAGAAAAAGCGAUUCAGGAAGACCCUGUUCAAUAAAGACUUCGCCGUGGAAGCGGAGAAAAUUUCGAAAGAGCUUUAUUACCUGCUCAGCACAGACCUUGAAGCUGUCAGCAGUAAAUUCGAGAUAAUCUACGAAGAAGACCCCAACAAGAAGCAACAUAAGCAAUUUGAAAAUUCUCUGUUUGGGCAAUUUUCGAGUGAUUCGUCAGAGAGCGAGAAUUCAAACUACUGUUGA